AUGGAUAACAUUGACAGGACUGAGACUGAGAAUGAGGAGACAGGAAGAUGGAAAAACUUUAAUUCAUGGAUGAAACGCAAAUUCAACUAUGAAUGCUAUAUGACUCUCCUUAAUGGCUGCUACAGCUGCAAGUGGGAAGCCCAACAGAAGAAAGCUAGGCGACCACUCUGCUGCUGCUCUUUGAGAGAGCAAUUAUUUUACCCUUGGCUGGUUGUGUCGUUUUGCUUAUCUACACUUUUACUUUUCACGUGGAUAGAAACUUCAAAUGAAUACAAUGGCUUUGACUGGGUUGUUUUCCUAGGUACAGGAAUCUGGUUCUUUUGGUCCAUUGUCUUGCUGAGUUUCCUUGGGAUCCUGGCUGCCUACACAGCAUUGCUACUGAUACUUGGAUUUUUGUUGUGUUGGGAAAAAAAUCAACUAUACCUGCACUGGUAUCAUAAGAUCCUGAUUCUGAUAGUGAUUCUGUUUUGCUCAUUUUUUCUCUGGAUUUUAUUAACUUACUGGAAAGACAGGUGGUUCACCAUCGGGCUGUCGCUGCAGGUUUUUGCUCCCUACAUACACCUGGGCAGCAUAUCUGUGAUGGUUUUGCUUUCGUGGCCUGUGGCCUUCUACUUGAUUCAUUUGGAAGGAGAAGCUAGAAUGAGAAGAUUCCAGAUUACAAAUAUUGAAAGAGAAAGAAACAAGAGGUGUAACAUGCGCACAAAAUUGAGAGCUUUACAAGUGGCUAUUGGGUUGCCCUUUGUUCUUAUACUUUUGUGUCUCUAUGUGGUGCCAUUGGGGAUUUAUUCUCCCUGCGUUCAAGAGAAGGAUAAAUUAGGACCCAAGCCAUACUUCUUCGGACAUAGAGGUGCGGCCAUGCUGGGGCCUGAGAAUACCAUGAUGUCCUUUGAGAAAGCUGUUGAAAAUGGGGCCCAUGGACUGGAGAGUGAUGUACAAAUAAGCUUGGAUAAGGUGGCUUUUCUCAUGCAUGAUUAUGACUUGAGAAGAACAACCAAUAUCUUGGACAUCAUGCCAAAUGCCUCCCACACACACAGUAGCUUUUUUUAUUGGGAUUUCCUGUCAACUCUGAAUGCAGGCAAAUGGUUUUCAGAUUCAUGGAUCAAACCAUUUUUUCGUAUGAAACCCUUAUCAGAGGCUGAUAAGGAAAGAGCAAGAAAUCAGAAGAUUCCAAAACUAUCUGAGUUAUUGGAACUUGCACGGAAGGAAAAAAAGUUGGUUAUAUUUGAUCUUAAUUCUCCUCCACGAUCACAUCCUGCCAGAUCAUCGUAUAUCCACCUUGUAGUAAGCGUGAUACUUGACUCUAAGAUUGAGCAACAUCAGAUUUUUUGGUUACCAGGUUCUGAUAGGAAGUAUGUCAGGAGCAAAGCUCCUGGUUUUCAGCACAUUGGCCGGUUAUUCACCAUUGAAGAACUUAGAAAAGAAAAUAUCACUAGAAUAAAUGUUGACUAUAAGAGGUUGUUCCACAAUGGCUUGAAAGAAUAUAAAUCAGCUAACAUCAGCAUCAACUUAUACCUCGUCAAUGAACCUUGGCUCUUCUCACUGGCCUGGUGCUCCAGGAUUCAAUCAGUGACCACAGACAAUCUUCAGGUCCUGAAGAAGAUAAAUCACCCUUACUACUUCAUGACACCAAAGUUCUAUCUGUUCAUGUGGAUUUUCAUGGAUAUUAUUUCUGCAGCUUUCAUUAUUGCCAUAUUACAUUUUUAUUGGAAGAGAGAGAGCCAGAGUGAAAAAAUCCUCCACGGUAUCACCAGUUACACAGAAACUCCAAGUGUAAGCCUCCAUGAUGAAGUUUUGGAAGUUGUGGAAAUCCCUGGACUUUUAACCAAGAGCAUAAGGAAAUAUCCAGACUCUGAAGUCAUUAUACCAGAGGUUGUCAAGGAAACCACUGCACCAACCAUGCAUCCCACAGAUGACGUUGGACAGCCAGUGCCCACUGGGCCAGCCUUUGAACCCAUCUAA